CCGGGAAUCGUAGUUCCGAAUGUACGCUGGCCAUGUGACGAGACCGCGGGGACCGCCGGGAGGUGUAAUCCUCAGAGCUCAGCAUGAACGUGGCGAUGGGGAUGGUGACUCGCAGUCGGAGCCGCGGUCUUGUGGCCGCGUCGCAGGGGGGUGGGGAGGAGCCCGCGCCUCCCAGAAGCCGAGAGGUGGCUGCAGAAGGAAGAAAAAGUCACAGAUCUUUGAAGCAUCAACGGAAGACAGAGAGACUGCAUGUGGCCUAUGAGGCUUCAAGUGGUGAGAAAGGUGAGGGGGCCGAGCCCCUCAAGGUGCCCAUCUGGGCGCCCCAGGACUGGCAGCAGCAGCUGGCUAACAUCCGUACCAUGAGGAGCAAGAAGGAUGCACCUGUAGACCAGCUGGGCGCUGAGCACUGCUAUGACCCCAGUGCCCCUCCGAAGGUCCAGAGGUACCAGGUGCUCUUGUCACUGAUGCUCUCCAGCCAGACCAAAGACCAAGUGACAGCAGGUGCCAUGCAGCGGCUGCUGAUCCGUGGCCUGACAGUAGACAGCAUCCUGCAGACAGAUGACAGCACACUAGGCAAGCUCAUCUACCCUGUGGGCUUCUGGAAGAGCAAGGUCAAAUUCAUCAAACAGACUAGUGCCAUCCUGCAGCAGCACUACGAUGGGGACAUCCCAGCUUCUGUGGCAGAGCUAGUGGCCCUGCCAGGUGUUGGGCCCAAAAUGGCACACUUGGCUAUGGCUGUGGCCUGGGGCACCGUAUCAGGCAUAGCAGUGGACACACAUGUGCACAGAAUCACCAACCGACUGAGGUGGACCAAGAGGGCAACCAAGACCCCAGAGGAGACCCGAACAGCCCUGGAAGAAUGGCUACCCAGGGAGCUGUGGGGCGAAAUCAAUGGGCUGUUGGUGGGCUUCGGCCAGCAGACCUGUCUGCCCGUCCAUCCUCGCUGCCAGGCCUGCCUCAACCAAGCCCUGUGCCCUGCUGCCCAGGGUCUGUGAGGGCCAUGGGGUUUUGCCUGAGCAGUGCCUUUACUUGGGGGAUUGCUGCCUGUGUAAUAAAGCUGGGGGUUGUUUGC